AUGAAGGACGUCGUCGAUCCACUCCUAGAGUGGAUGAAGGACGUUGUUGAUCCACAAAAGCGAGAUAAACAAGCAGGCUUUCGUCAGAAUCGAUCAUGCAUGGACCAGAUUGCAAUGCUGCGCAUCAUAGUCGAGCAGUCCUUGGAGUGGAACUCAUGCGUGUACAUUAACUUCAUCGACUAUGAGAAGGCGUUUGACAGUGUGGAUUGA